AUGGGCAUUUGUUGUUCUGGUGGCUAGAACCAUCCUAAAUAAAAAGUUGAACAAAAAAUAUAAACAAUAAACAAUGUUUAUUAAGAAUAGCCAAAAUAAGAUCAAUUUUCAGAAUUAAGUGAAGAAAUUUAAGAAAUUUUAGACAUGUAUUUAAAACAUGAAAAGAAUUCACCAUAACAUAAAUCUUUAAAUGAAUCCAAUCAUCUAAAACACAGUCUAGAAAUGCCUAAUACUCCAUAUUUUAAAAAUAAUGCAGAUUCUGAUGACUAAUUUCAUUUUCUUAGAUAAACUAAAUAAUUAGAAGAAAUUAGCAUAGUAAAUAAAAAUUAAGAUUUAGGAAGCACUUACCACAUAAAAGUAGUGAUUAUUUACCAGCUCUUUAAGAAAUUAAUCAAGAAAAAUAAUAGAAACAUUGUUUGAUGAAGAAUCACAAAUUUUAGAGUAAAUGUCCAAUAUGUAAUAAUGAUCAUAUCUGGUUUCAUAAUUGCAAAUAAGAUUUCAUUUAUUAAGAAGAAUUAUUGUUGUUGUGUUAAUAAUGCAAUUUCAAAACUCUAAUUACAGAAUAUGAAUUUGUUUGUCUAAAAACUUCUGAAAGAUUUAAAUUCACAGCAGAUCAGAUAGGAAAAUUCUUUGUCUGA